CUUUCUCCUUCCUUUGAACCCGUCUACUGCUCUUUUGCCUCUUCUUCUUCUUCUUCUUCUUCAUCAUCCGUUUUUUCUCUUAUUUUUCAACUUCAAGUUCAAACCUAUAUAUUAUUCCUUGCGUAAAACCUUAGUAACACACCGAAGCCCUACGCCGGAAAACCACUUCCGCGACACCAAUCAGCGGUUUCCCGGAAGCUAGUCACUCCCAAGUCAGAUCUGUAACACGUCUCCCGCCCAAAGCUUAAUUUUGCGGGGAAGUAUCCAAGGAAGAAGAUCAUAGAUAUAUAGUGGUUACUGCAGCUUAUAAGGACAUACUUGGGUGUCAAAACAACCAGAUAUUCGUUGGCGUUAUGAAUCUCGGUCCAUUUGGUUCGGAUUGAAAUCGCUCUGUCAAGAAAUCGUCAUCGACUCAACCCUAUAUGUCUGCUCCUUUCGACACUCUCUACCUCACCGAGUACAAAAACCAGAUAGAUUUAUAAGAGUGUGAGAUCCUCCGGCCUUUUCAAAAACAAAACCAUUUUGUCUGCUCUCUGUCUCUUGUUAACCCGUGAAAUUUCCCAUUUUCUCAACACCGCUGUCAGAGAAUCAAAUCUAGCUCAAACCCUUAAACCCUCAUAUAUAUCUAGGUAGCCCUAUACGAAAUAAUCCCCCCAAAAAUGCAACAGUAGCUCCAAGGGAGUUUAGGGUUUCUGAUUGUUGAAAUAUGCCUGCCGGUAUUAUGAUUCCAGCGAGAAAUAUGCCUUCGAUGAUGGGAAGCAAUGGGAAUCUCAGUGGGUAUGGAUCAUCUUCAGGCCUUACUCUUGGUCAGAUUUCAAAACAAUAAAAAGCCUCUUGCUUGCUUGCGGAAAAUCUUAAAGAGCUAGCUAUGGAUUUGUUCCAGCCAAACAUGAUGGAAGCUGGAGGUCAUUUCGGAAACCCUCUGGAGAUGAUGGCCACUCAUAACACUUCUGAAAGCGAGCUGAAUGCACGUCUUGGUGAUGAUUUCGACAGUGCUACAAAAUCUGGCAGCGAAAACCUGGAAGGAGGUGGCUCCGGCGAUGAUGGACAAGACCCUCGCCCUAACAAGAAGAAGAGAUAUCACCGCCACACCCAGCAUCAGAUCCAAGAAAUGGAAGCUUUCUUCAAGGAGUGUCCACACCCUGAUGACAAGCAAAGGAAGGAACUAAGUCGAGAAUUAGGCUUGGAACCAUUACAGGUUAAGUUCUGGUUUCAAAACAAGCGCACCCAAAUGAAGACGCAGCAUGAGAGGCAUGAGAACACAAGCCUUCGUAAUGAAAAUGAAAAGCUUCGAGCUGAUAACAUGAGAUAUAGAGAGGCGCUGAGCAAUGCAUCAUGUCCUAAUUGUGGAGGCCCUACGGCUAUCGGAGAGAUGUCAUUCGAUGAACAUCACUUAAGACUUGAAAAUGCUAGAUUAAGAGAAGAGAUUGAUAGAAUAUCAGCAAUUGCUGCUAAAUACGUCGGGAAGCCAGUGGGGAACUACUCUCAUAUAUCUUCACCAGUUCCACCUCACCGCAAUCCAAUUGAUCCUGGAGUGGGAAGCUUGGGCUCUAGCCCUCACCAUAGCUUCUUCCAAAACUCAGACGUGUAUAAUUCUGGAGACAUUAUGCGGUCAAUUGGUGCACCAAGUGAGGCAGAUAAGCCCAUGAUUAUUGAGCUUGCAGUUGCAGCUAUGGAGGAGCUGAUUCAAAUGGCUCAAAUUGGUGAACCUCUGUGGAUGAAUAGCAUCGAUGGAUCAACCUCUGUGCUCAAUGAGGAUGAGUACAUUCGAACAUUUCCACGAGGAAUUGUUCCAAAACAAUCUGGAUUCAAAUGUGAAGCUUCACGGGAGAGUGCUGUCGUCAUUAUGAAUCACAAUAACCUUGUUGAGAUUCUCAUGGAUGUGAAUCAAUGGUCAACUGUAUUUUCGGGGAUUGUAUCAAGAGCUAUGACUCUGGAUGUGCUAUCAACGGGAGUAGCAGGAAACUACAAUGGAGCUUUGCAAGUGAUGACAGCAGAAUUCCAAGUACCAUCACCAUUAGUUCCAACUCGUGAGAGUUAUUUUGUGAGGUACUGUAAGCAGCAUGUCGAUGGCACAUGGGCAGUGGUUGAUGUCUCCUUAGACAAUCAACGCGGCUAUACUUCUACUCUGAAAUCAUGUCAAAGAAGACCUUCUGGAUGUCUCAUCCAAGAAAUGCCAAAUGGAUACUCAAAGGUUACUUGGGUUGAGCAUGUUGAAGGGGACGAAAGAGGUGUUCACAAUCUCUACAAACAACUGGUUAACUCUGGCCAUGCAUUUGGUGCUAAACGAUGGGUGGCAACCUUAGACCGCCAAUGUGAGCGUCUUGCCAGCGCUUUGGCGACAAACAUCCCUACCGGUGAUGUUGGUGUGAUAACAACUCAAGAAGGGAGGAAGAGCAUGUUGAAGCUGGCUGAGAGAAUGGUUAUAAGUUUCUGUGCUGGAGUGAGUGCAUCUACCACUCAUACAUGGACAACAUUGUCUGGGACAGGGGCUGAUGAUGUUCGUGUAAUGACCCGAAAGAGUGUUGAUGAUCCAGGAAGGCCUCCAGGUAUUGUGCUCAGCGCUGCAACCUCAUUCUGGCUUCCUGUCCCCCCUAAAAGGGUCUUUGAAUUUCUUCGUGAUGAGAACUCCCGAAAUGAGUGGGAUAUCCUCUCCAAUGGUGGCGUUGUGCAAGAAAUGGCACACAUAGCCAAUGGGCGUGACACUGGGAAUUGCGUGUCACUACUUCGAGUAAAUAGUGCCAAUUCGAGUCAGAGCAACAUGCUCAUACUGCAGGAGAGCUGCACCGACUCUACGGCAUCAUAUGUCAUCUAUGCCCCUGUGGACAUAGUUGCUAUGAAUGUUGUGCUGAAUGGCAGCGACCCCGACUAUGUUGCGCUGCUGCCAUCUGGGUUUGCUAUACUCCCAGAUGGAACCAGCGGGAGCAACAAUGGUGAAGCUGAAUCUGGAGGGUCAUUAUUGACAGUUGCCUUCCAGAUCCUAGUGGAUUCAGUUCCAACUGCAAAGCUGUCCUUGGGGUCUGUGGCAACAGUCAAUAACCUCAUAGCAUGCACAGUGGAGAGGAUCAAGGCUUCUUUGUCCUUGGACAAUGAAGCCUGAUCAGCUCUCUUGCUGCUCCAGUUUUUAGGGAGUUGAAGGGAAAGAAAGGAAAGGAGCAACAAUGCUGGUGAGGAAUUCAGCUUAAACAAGAGUGGAGAAGUCAAGAGCGCACCCUAUAUGAUCAUUUUCAAAUGAAAGGAUUAGAGGGGUUCGGGAAUUGACUUCCUCGAUCAUAUCAUAGACAAAAAUUAAGCUACUAGACUCUGUUUUGUUUAUUUCUGAGUUGUAUCUCUUUUCUUUUCACCUUCACUAACUUUGUACCCAGGAUCCAAUAGAGUGGGGUUUUAGCUCUUUUGAAAUGAAUAU